AUGGAAACUACCGUAGAAAACAUUACCAUAUCUAUAUCCAUACUUGAGCUGGCUGUUGCCUUGCACCUCCUUAGGCCUCCAGUCAGUUCCACCAUAGCAAUAAGCGGUUUCACACCCAACAAUCCACAAUCUCUCGUUUUCAUCAUGGCGUCCAACCAGACAGAGACCAAUGAUCUCAUCAGCCCGUCCUCUAUAGGGCACUUUGGCAUCCGCACGACACCUGACAAGUUCGAAGCCAUGGUCAACUGGCAUCUCAACUUCUUUGGAGCCCGCGCCGUGCUUCGGAACAAGAAUGCCGUCUUCAUCGCCUGGGACGACGAGCACCAUCGCAUGGUCAUCGUCUCGGAUCCGUCUCACGAGCAGAUUCCCAACCGGGCCACUGCCGCCACCGUCUACCACCUUGCCUUUACGCUCAACAGCCUGGCGGACCUGGCUACCAGCUACGAGCAGAAGAAGGCCCGCGGAAUCCUCCCCCACUGGCCCGUCAACCACGGCAUGAGCACCAGCAUGUACUACACCGACCCCGAUGGCAACGAGUUUGAGAUGCAGGUCAACAACUUUGAUACGGCCGAAGAGGCUCUCGCCUUUAUGGUCACGCCCGAGUAUGCCGAGAACCCCAUCGGCGUGGAUAUCGACAUUGAAGACUGGCUCAAGCGCGUCCGCAGUGGCGAGGACGAGGCUAUCUUGAAGAAGCGGCCUGUGAUCGGCCAGAGAUUGUCAAGAUACGAGAACUCGAUUUACUUUCAGAAGCCCCCGGCGAGCACAGCUUGA